GUUUUCAGGAAGACCGCUAGUAUAUACAUAUAAUUAAUGUUCAUCUUUUUUACUAUUUCCAUCCAUCAAUGAUGUCUUUUGAUGCUAGCGAAGGCUUGGAGUCUGAACCUUCCACCUCCACCUAUAGAUCCAUAGUUCAAUGGUUACAACCAUGCCGUAAAUUCAAAUUGGAUGAAGUUCUUUCAGCAACAGAAAACUUCAAUGAAUCUUUAGUGAUUGGUAGUGGCGGCUUUGGAAAAGUGUACAAAGGUAAAGUUAUUAUUGGAACUCGUCAUAUUGUAGCUGCUAUUAAACGAUUAGAUAUGAAGUCAGAUCAAGGGCCAGCAGAGUUCUGGGCAGAAGUCGAGAUGCUUUCCAAGUUACGUCACUCUCAUCUAGUGUCUCUCUUUGGUUAUUGUAACUAUGAGAGAGAAAUGAUACUUAUAUAUGAGUAUAUGCCGAAUGGAACACUUGAAGAUCAUCUCCAUAAACUCCACACCUGUCUUUCUUGGGUUGAUCGGCUAAAGAUUUGUAUUGGUGCCGCCCGUGGGUUAGACUACCUCCACACUGGUACUAGUAUUGAGUUUGGUGUUAUACACCGAGAUGUCAAGAGCUCAAAUAUUUUGUUACACAAAAGCUGGGAAGCUAAAAUUUCAGAUUUUGGGUUGUCCCGAAUAAGCCCAACGAAUCAACUACGCACUUAUGUCAACACUCUUGUAAAAGGCACUUUUGGAUAUCUUGAUCCAAACUAUUUCGCCACUGGAAAGCUGACAAGGAAGUCUGAUGUGUAUGCUUUUGGGGUGGUAUUGUUUGAAGUGUUGUGUCGGAAGCAACCACUGGAUAGGAGUCUUGAAUACGGUUUAGCCGCAUUGGCACAGGACUCGAUCAAAAAAGGUCAUUUAAAGAGUAUAGUUGAUUCUGAUAUAAGGGGUGAAAUAUCCCCAAAAUGUUUGAAGGGGUUUGCUAGAAUUGCCGAAAGAUGCUUAGAAUAUCAUCCAGAGCAUCGUCCUACCAUGAAGGAGGUUAUAUUGAGUCUGGAAUCUUUACUAACCUUGCAGUUACAAACUCCAGGCAGGUCGAUAUUUACAAGAAUGAUUAAUGCGUUUCCCUAUAACUCCACCGGUGAAACCCCAGCACGAAAUAAAGUAUCUAUUUUAGCAUUUGAAGUAGCUAAUACGAUUGUCAAAGGGUCAAAUUUGAUGCAAUCUCUUUCUGAAUUAAGCAUCCAUAUUCUUGAAAAGGAGAUUUUACAUUCAGAAGGCGUACAACUUUUGGUUUCUACUGAUACAAAGGAAUUGUUACGUAUUGCAGCUUCUGACAAGAGGGAGGAACUUGAGGUUUUUUCCAGAGAGGUUGUUCGGUUUGGAGAUAUGUGCAUGGAUCCACAAUGGCAUCAUCUGGAUCGCUUUUUUUCUAGUCAGCUUAGAGAAGAGGCGGAAAUAGUCAGAUUGGACCUGCAUCCGCUAACAAAUAGUCAGCUUAGAGAAAAGGCGGAAAUCACUAUGCAAAAAUUGACGAAUCUUGCUCAGUAUACCUUUGAUUUAUACCACGAAUAUCAUGCUUUAGAUAGAUUUGAACAGGAUUACCGGCGUAAGCUUGAUGAAGUGGAAGCCUUGCAUCUUCCUAAAAAAGGUGAGAGUCUCUCAAUCUUAGUUAGUGACGUAAAGCAUCAAAGAAAGCUUGUGAGGAACUUGAAAAAGAAAUCUCUUUGGUCUAAAAGUUUGGAUGAGAUUGUGGAGAAGCUAGUAGAUGUUGUCACGUUCAUUCCUCAUGCAAUAGCGGAGGCUUUUGAAGAGAAUGUACCGAGUUCAAUUCCGAAUGGCGAGGAGGCUCAGAAGAAGCCCGAGAAGCUAGGUGCUGCGGGUCUUGCUUUACACUAUGCCAACUUAGUCACUCAGAUGGACAACAUUGCAUCACGUCCCAUAUCUUUGCCUCCUAAUAUGAGGGACAAUCUAUAUAAUGGCUUGCCAGCAAAUGUUAAGGUUGCAUUACGUUCUCGCUUACAAGCACUCGACCGCAAAGAAGUGAUGACCAUGCCUCAAAUUAAGGCAGAAAUGGAAAAAACACUCCAGUGGCUCGUUCCAGUAGCUACGGAUACUACCAAAGCACAUCAAGGUUUUGGAUGGGUUGGCGAGUGGGCAAACACAGGUAAUGAGUUUGGGAAGAAGACAGCAGGGAGUAACAAUAUUAUCCGACUCCAGACACUUUAUCAUGCUGAUAAGACAAAGAUGGACCGAUACAUUCUUGAUUUGAUUAUUUGGCUUCACCGUCUAAUAAGUUUAGUUAGAUUUAGAGACAAGGUUCCAAAGUACAUUCCUGCUCGAUCGCCUCCUACCAAUAAUGGUCUACUCGGGCAUUCAGAUCCGUCUAGAUUGAAAGCCAAUGGUAAACCACAAAGGGUCCAAAUCUCUUUGGAAGCCAUGUUAGAUGUUUUGGAUGGUUUAGGUACAGAUUUUCAAGAUGUUACUACAUAUUCUUAAUGCAAAGGUUCUUUUGUCGAUUCAAAGUAUGGGCCGGAAGGUCUCCCAGGAAUGGGAUGUAAGUGCUCUGAUAUGUUGGCUGGAUUGGGUAUGACAGUUUGAGCGGAUGGUCAUUAUAUGUGUAUAUAUAUCUCAUAUAUGUCUCUUGUAUGAGGCGUGUGUAGUAGAUUAUAAGAGAUUAUGUUUAGUAUGUCUAAGUAUUUAUUCUAUACAUACAUAUUUUUGUCCACAAAGAAUAUAAGAUUCAUUUUGUCCUGAUUUCCUUGGUAUACAAAUGCAUUUUCAUGUGUA